AGUUCUGUGUGCCGCCGCAGGGAGCGACUUGACGCACAGACACACGACCGCCGGUCGGGUUGCGCUGGUGGUCGCACACCGGUAAUCUGCCCACCAUAGGCGGCUGGCUCUUUCCUGGAGCUCGGUAUCGGAGAGUGAAUGAGGUUGAUGCUGCUGUGCUGCAGCUGGAAGGACGAACGCAUGGGAGAGGAGGAAGCUGGAGGAGGUUUGCCCAUCUGUGCAGGAUGCAAACAGAGGAUCUAUGAUGAGCAGUAUCUGCAGGCCCUCAGCACGGACUGGCACACCGUCUGCUUUAGGUGUUGUGAGUGCAGUGCCUCAUUGUCUCACUGGUAUUAUGAGAAAGAGGGACGGCUCUUCUGUAAGAAGGACUACUGGGCCAAAUUUGGGGAGCUGUGCCAUGGCUGCAACGACCCGAUCACCACGGGCCUCAUCAUGGUCGCAGGAGAGCAGAAAUAUCACCCAGAAUGCUUCACCUGUCUUAACUGCAGGGCAUUCAUCGGUGACGGAGACACAUACGCUCUGGUGGAGAGAUCAAAACUCUACUGCGGUCACUGUUACUACCAGACUAUCGUCACCCCGGUGUCUCUGCCAGACUCGCCAUGCUCACGGAUCCCUCACACCGUCACACUCGUGUCCAUCCCGGCCACGGCAGAAGGCAACAACGGACGCAGAGGGCGAGGUUUCUCUGUGGCCAUCGACCAGCCGCUCAGCCCGACCAACGGCUACAGUCCUGAACACGGACCCACAGUCAGAGUCUCCCAAGUGGACACAGACUGCAUCAGCCCAGAUGUGAAAAACUCCAUUCAUGUUGGAGACAGGAUCCUUGAGAUCAACGGGACACCCAUUCACAAUGUCCCUCUAGAUGAGAUCGACCUGCUGAUCCAGGAGACGAGCCGGCUGCUGCAGCUCACCAUCGAACAUGACCCUCACAGUCAGGAGGGGGGCUCGUCAUCGGCGGAGGAGCAAGUGGACGGCCCCCUGUCCACUCCUCUGUCUGAGGUCCCCAGCCCCAUCCUGCCCAUCACCCAGCCCCCCAACCUCAGUAACCUGAAGUCUCGCAUCAUCACGCGAAGCUACAGCAUCGAUAAGUCACCAGGCUCCAGCAAUGCGGCGUCCCCCAUCUCCCAGAGGAAGGACAUCAAUCGAUCAGAGUCACUCAGAGUCGUCUCAAAUCGGACGCACCGCAUCUUCCGCCCUUCCGACCUCAUCCAUGGAGAAGUGCUCGGGAAGGGCUGCUUUGGUCAGGCCAUCAAGGUUACUCACAAGGAGACAGGAGAGGUGAUGGUGAUGAAAGAAUUGAUUCGUUUUGAUGAUGAGACUCAGAGAACAUUCCUUAAAGAGGUGAAGGUCAUGCGUUGUCUGGAACACCCCAACGUGCUCAAGUUCAUCGGAGUCCUCUACAAGGACAAGAGACUCAACUUCAUCGCCGAGUACAUCAAGGGAGGCACCCUGAGAGAAAUCAUCAAGAAGAUGGACGGCAACUAUCCCUGGAAUCAGAGAGUCAGUUUUGCAAAGGACAUAGCUGCUGGCAUGACAUAUCUGCAUUCCAUGAACAUAAUCCACCGGGACCUCAACUCACACAACUGCCUGGUCAGAGAGGACAACACUGUGGUGGUGGCAGACUUUGGGCUCUCGCGGCUCAUGGUGGACGACAAGCAUGAGGAGAAGUUGUUGCAGAGUAAACUGCCGGGGCUGAAGAAGCCUGACCGCAGAAAGAGGUACACCGUGGUCGGAAACCCUUACUGGAUGGCUCCUGAGAUGAUACACGGGAGGAGCUACGAUGAGAGAGUAGACAUCUUCUCCUUUGGGAUCAUGCUCUGCGAGAUCAUUGGCAGGGUGAAUGCAGACCCGGACUACCUCCCCAGGGCGAUGGACUUUGGACUUAAUGUGUCUGGCUUCCUGGAGCACUUCUGUCCCCAAAACUGUCCCCCCGCCUUCUUCCCCAUGGCGGCUGUGUGCUGCGACCUCGAUGCAGACAAACGGCCUGCUUUCUCCAAACUGGAAGAGUGGCUUGAGAAUCUGAAGAUGCACUUGGACAUCGGUCUACCCCUGAUGUCUGAACUGGACCAGCUGCACAAAGCCUUCUGGGAAAACCACAGCAUCACGCGUCCCUUAAACAGCCUGCACAUCCACCCCGAACAGCCGGAGUAGGGGCAAAUGCAACUGGAGGAGUGGGAAAAUUAAGAGUUAACCACAAAUAGGGCAGCGAUCUCCUGUCUCAGUGGAUGGAGGAGCAAUGUAAACACUCCUCCAUGUUUUGAAGGAGAGGCUGCAGAUGUCGGCUGGUUCAGGCGUAACAAGUAGACUCAGGGGGAAUGUGUGGGUCUGAAGAGCCAUUUGUGCGUGAUGCACACACUUAUUCAAAGUCAAAUCAAGAGUGAUUUGCUACGGUAGCUUGAUUCUGCUGCACCCAGAGCUCAAGUGGAACAUGUCAUAUGCAAUCAAACCCCAACUUUCAAAUCAUGACUCAUGUAGAAUUUAACCUUAGAGGUUAUUUCAUUCAUGGAUAUUUACUAUACUAGCUGUAGUGUGUAUAUUCAUGUGGAUUAAUCAGAAAACAAGGCUUACAGCGAAACUUUCAGCCUCCUCACGUUAGGCCUCUACAGAGUACAUAGUGCCGUAUGCGUUUGCAGGUAUUUCUGUGUGACUUUGGUUUUGCUUUUGGUUAGGAUUUCAAAACUGAUCUUAUGAAAAAUACAAAGAAGAGGGGCCUGUUUGUUUAAGGUCCACUUGCUGUCCACUUGUACAAGUCAAACAAACCUUUCAAGCUUUAAAUAGCUCACUGAAGUGUGCAUGACUGUAAAUAAUGCUGUCAGGUCAAAUCCUGGUUCAUCGUGUCGCUUUGACCUCGUUUGGUCACAAACUGCUACACCCACACGUGUCUGUGGCACUGCCCCUCUCCCUCAUUUACUGUGUAGCACUGACUUAACAAUGAGGUACACAUCUUUUGCAUACAUUUGGUAUGUCGUCUCCCAAUUUCAAGACUCGUUCAUAUUGACCUAGCAUACAUACUCAAACACAUACCACUGUAAAUAGCAGGCCACAUUGUAAAUGUUUUAAAUAUUGUAAAUGUAAAGACAUAUUUUAUAUACCUAUGCUACGUUUCCAUAUUUUUAUUGGCUGACCAGUAAAUUUUAAAUUAUGGCGCGAGUUGAAGUUUGACUGCAAUUAAUAGGGCCACAUGUUUUUUGCUGUUUCUUUUACUUUUUGUAUUGUCCCCAGUUUGGUAAGUUCUGAGCUUUUAGCAAUUGAGAU